AUGUCGAGUUUAUUGUUAUUCUGCCUUGCCUUCGCCACCCUGCUCCAUCCCUCCACACAGCAGGAAUGCGCGGACGGCGAGGAGGUGAUAGUGCCGAAGGAUAUCGCAGACCUCAAGAAGUCGUGCGAGGACGGGUUCCUGAAAGUCACAGCCUGCUUGUUCGACGGCGGAGAGGAGAAGGGCGGGUUCGACGUGCCCGUGAAUCGGCAGGCAACCUACGGAACCUUCACUUAUGGGUGAGUUUCAGAGCUGACUGAACUAUACACUUAUACUCCGGGACUAACGUUUGGAACAGGCUAGAUUUUCUUUGCUGCUUGAGAUCAGAGUUUCAUUUCUUCUCUAUUAGAAUCGGAGUGUAUUAAAACCUUGAAUGAAUGCAUAGCCGUAAAAACCAGAAAGCUCAUAUAAGCAAAAAACAAAAUUUUUUAAAAUAGGUGGGACAAAAGUUUGGAAAAGGGUUAGGAAUGCGACCAUAAAUGUAAGGAAGCUAUCCACCGAUUUUUUUUUUGAAAUUUCAUAUCUACUCUACUAUUAGUCUGUCGGGAAAAGAAUCAGCAGAAUUUCGCGCCGAUAGCAUCGCUGAAGUGAAAAGCUAUUUGAUUUUCCCGCGACACAGUUUAUUUUCUCGGCGACGCGAUUUUUGUUCCCACUGAAUGUUCAUUAUUUUCCCGACAAAUUUAUAUUCAGAGAUAACAUCGAAUCUGUGACCCCAGGAUUCCAGAAGUCAGGGGCGUAUAGGCGGUCACUAUGUACAAAAUUUUCAAUUAUCCUGGUCCCCUCUUACCAUUUUUUUUUCGACCCCGGUCUGAAAAGGGAUGUAUCCCGUUAUCCUCUCCGCCUCCCUAGCCACGCCACUGCCAGAAGCCAUCCUGAACGUCUGAUUUUUUCGUUAUGAAUCUUUUCAUCAGGCGUGAACGGACGGACUAGAUCAGUCUGUCGAUAAAAUAGUGGCGGGUCGUUUGAGCAAAACCAUUUGCCUCAUUUCCUUGAAUUUAUCGAAAACUGUUUUUAUUUGUCCGCUUGUUUGAACUUUUUUCAACAUUUUCUAAAAGCAACCACAAUGAACUUUAACAUGACUUAAACUUUAGGCAAAUUUGCAUUUCAUUUCCUUACCAUAACAAGUUUUUCAUUUUGUUUUAAUUGACUACAUAGCUACACUAAAUAGUCAUCCUAAAUACACAAGUUCUUACAAAAAAAUUUGCAUUCUAAUUUUUUAAAAAUUUUCAGUUGCGCGCUAAAAGACGAUGACAUCAUCCCCUACGUGACGUCACCGCUCGGUCCGUUGAGUCGACUGGUGCGGCGAGUGUAUUGA